CGCUUCCUAUAAAUGUACUUGAUUGGUUCGGGUUAACCCCCCGUUUUGCAGUCUUCGUUAUCGGAAAGGCGGUGGAACCUGAUCGAAUCCUCAACCAAGCAAACGCACAAACAAAUUCUCUCUUUUCCUUCUCUCUUCCAUUCCUAGGGUUUGGAUUGGAUUCGUUCAGAGCUCUCAUGAUAUCAACCAAAACUGUGAAUAUACCUAAAUCACUCUCAGUUGCUGAGAAUUUUCUUUGAAUGGCGCAUAGGUUUCUCAGAGAUCUCCAAGCCGAUGGUUGGGAACGCUCCGACUUCCCUAUCAUUUGCGAGUCCUGCCUCGGCGACAAUCCUUACAUUCGAAUGACAAAAGCGGAUUACGAUAAGGAGUGCAAGAUAUGCACAAGGCCAUUCACGGUGUUCAGAUGGAGGCCAGGUCGGGAUGCGAGGUAUAAGAAAUCAGAGAUAUGCCAAACUUGCAGUAAGUUGAAAAAUGUUUGUCAGGUUUGUCUUUUGGAUCUCGAAUAUGGUUUGCCUGUUCAGGUUCGCGAUACCUCUCUUCAUAUCAAUUCCAACGAUGCCAUUCCCAAGAGUGAUGUAAAUCGGGAGUACUUUGCUGAGGAGCAUGAUCGCAGGGCAAGAGCUGGUAUAGAUUACGAAUCCUCAUAUGGAAAGGUACGACCAAGUGAUACCAUUUUAAAGCUUCAAAGAACAAUGCCAUAUUACAAGAGAAAUCGAGCACAUGUUUGCAGUUUUUAUGUGCGUGGUGAAUGCACAAGAGGUGCUGAGUGCCCUUACAGGCAUGAGAUGCCUGUUACUGGGGAGUUGUCACAGCAAAAUAUUAAAGAUCGUUACUAUGGAGUUAACGAUCCCGUGGCAAUGAAGCUUCUCAACAAGGCAGGUGAAAUGCCUUCUCUGGAGGCCCCCGACGAUGAGAGCAUUAAAACCCUCUAUGUGGGUGGGCUUGAUGCAAGGAUCACUGAGCAAGACCUAAGAGAUAAUUUCUAUGCCCAUGGGGAAAUUGAAUCAGUAAGGAUUGUGCUUCAACGAGCUUGUGCUUUUGUAACCUACACAACCAGAGAAGGCGCAGAGAAAGCAGCCGAAGAACUCUCAAACAAGCUGGUCAUAAAGGGGCUGAGGCUGAAGCUGAUGUGGGGUAGGCCACAAGCACCAAAACCAGAGUCCGAAGUCUCAGACGAAGCAAGACAACAAGCGGUAACUCACAGUGGAAUGUUGCCGAGGGCAGUUAUAUCGCAGCAGCAGAACCAACUACAGCCACCAGACUUUAAAGACCAAGCACCACCACCGAUGCAUUAUUUCAAUAUUCCACCACCACCACCACCACCUCAGAUGGAGAGAGCAUAUUAUCCGUCGAUGGAUCCUCAGAGAAUGGGUGCCCUAAUUCAAUCCAAAGAGGGGGCUUCUAGUGGGCCCACAGGGUCAGGUGAGAGUACAACUAUGCCAGAGCAGGAGCAGCAGCAGCAGCAGCAAGGACCGCAUUAUGCUUACACCACCAUGCCUCCACCACCUCAAGUUCAGUUUCAUCAGCCAUUUUAUCCACCAUAUGGGUAUAUGCCGCCUCCCCCUCCAUCGUAUCAGCAAUACCCACCUCCGCCUUAUCGUUCUACAGUGCCACCUCUCCCACCCCCACCCCCACCCCAAGCGGUGGCCCAGCAGUAUCAGCAAGGUGCACCACCGGGUUCAUCACAGCAGUGAUACUUUAAUGACAAUUGUGUUGGUAGCCUUCAGUUAUGUGCUCCUCUUAACCCUGUCAAGGAUUCCCUUGAUUAGUUUGCUAAAUACUAAAUGGAAAAAAAAAGGGUAUUGCAUUUUGUUUGGACCUGUAAAUUUUGUAGUUUUUCUUUAUGUUGCAACAACUAGGACUUGUGUAGUAGGAGUUUUGAGCAUGAGCUACGACCUGUAAAUUUUGUAGUUUUUCUUUAUGUUAUGACCAACUAUCACCAUUAUUUUUCACAAAUCCAAUGAAAAAUUCAAUAGAUUUAUCUA